AUGCACGUGUCCAAUUCUUUUCUAGGAAUAUUUGCGUAUCUUAACUUCUGUGUUCCUCGAAAACGGAGAUACAUUCUAGAACUUUUGAUCAGUGGACUCCAGAGACUGGAGUAUCGAGGCUACGAUUCUGCAGGUCUGCCUUGACAUUUAAGCUAUUGUGUUUCAUUUUGAUCUUUUGCUGUAAGCUUAAAUAAUAUUUCUCUCAAUAUUAACGUACCGUAUUAUUCUUUAAGGAGUGGCAUACGAUGGGGUUGGAAAAAUGAGGUAAGUUUAUAACUUGAAUACGUUGUUUUACAUGUUGUUUAUAUUGUUAUAUUCAUGGCUAUGUAUAGCAACGUACCAUCAUUGCUCAGAUUUCGAUUGAUCAUCUUAUCUUUAGCUCCAUAAAAUCACAAAUCGAUUUGUAGGUGUGACUUGGGUCAGUAAAGGAACGAAUUUUGUCCUUAAAUCCUCAGAACACUAAAUCGAUGAACUAAUCUUGAGCGAGUUUGUUUAAAAGUUUCUUGAAAUAUCUUUCAUGUUUAUUCAUAAAUGAAAUUGCCAACGUGGAUUUAAUUUACAUUAAUUUUUUUUGUAUUACAAUAUCCCAGUAAUCUUGAUGUACUGAAGAGAAAUUUAUCUCGUGAUGUGUGUCGUGUUUUUUUUUACUUACUCCGGUCACGAUUUUUUCUGAGAAUCACAGGAAAUCAAUUACAGCCAUUACAGUGUAGAGCACUUGUAGCUAUAAUUGUCUUAUAUUGGAUUACAAAACUAAAGUAUCGAUGAAUGGCCAAUUAACCAUAAAAAAGUUCUUUGAAAAUAGUUGUAUUCGAUUCAACCAAGGUAUUGAGGCAUGCAUUUAUAUGUUUAUAAACACUUCUAGCUCAUUCCCCAAUGUUUCAUAUUGAUGUUUACAGUAUUGAUUACAAUAUUGUAUUAAGAUAUGCAUGUUUUUCCUGUUAAACCAACUUAUUCCCCAAAGAAAUUGCAAUUUGAGUACUCCUCUGCUUAGCUGUUAUCCCUGGAUGAAGCUGGAAUAUUUGUUAAUAUUAUUGUUUAAAAUCUGCUCUUGUGCAACUUUUUUGUGCCUUUUUUCUUUUCCUUUGUAUUUGUUGACUUCUUUCUAGAAGCAAAGGGGGGUGUGGUGAUGUGCUGAGGCCCAUCCAAUACAUGGAUGUGUCUUUCUUGUCUCUCCUGUAACAAAACUUUUUUUCAUUUGCCAAGUAAUACUGUGAUUCAGUAGCGGGGGAAGGGGGUGGGGGGGACUACUGUUCACUCGACUUUUCUCAUUGUUUUAAACAAUAAAAGAGUUGUUUCCAGAUAAUAAUCACUGUAUUAUUGAUUGCUGAACUUUUUUACAGUGUUGUAGUAAUUGCAACAAACACAGUGAUCUUAGCGAAAUCAGCCUUACAUUUAUCAAUUCUCUCAGUUGUUUUGUCGCCUUUGAAGUCAGGAUGGCAGAUUUUUUGGCUGAACAAACAGAUCAAUUUAGGUUUCUAGGAAACUGCCCACCUACCCCUCCCCUAAGUUAACAUUAACACUUACUUCUCACUUAGGGCAAAAUGAUGGCUUAGGGGAGGGGUAGGUGGGGAGUUUCCCAGAAACCUAAAUUGGUCGGAGGGAACAGUGUUGGAUAUGCAAUCUGGACGCGCCAAAUUCAAGCCUGCCCUAGCUGGGUUUGUUCACCAUAGUCUCAAAUUCAAAUCCUUGACCACGCUUGAAAAUAGAGGCCCUUCCAGGGUAAAUUCCGACAAGCGACAUGGCCCAAAAAAUAGCGACAGCAUGUAAAAUGAAAUCGCCACAAGAGACAACCUCUCUCGGCCAAAUUGCGACAGUAAUGGCAAAGCCGACAGUAAGCGACAAGCAUUUAUAAAACCCCGACACAAGACUUUUUAAAUUUCAGACGGGCGACAUGGGAUCCCCCCCCCCGUACAAGGGUUAAUAAUGGAAUCAUUAGUUAGGACUUUGUUUUUGUGAUAUUUAAAUUAUACAUUUUUUUUAGCAUUGUGAAAAAGCGAGGAAAAGUUGCUGCCCUGCAAGAAGAAAUUCAAGGUAGAAAAAGUCAGUACUCAGGGGUACUUAUUGGCUAUUAUCAUUGAUACUUUUACUUCAAUUCUUGCCAUAGUCCUGUCUAAAAGCUGUCACUCUUAAACACCUAAAAGGUAAUUUACUCUUCUUUGUUGAAGUACAUGUAAGUAAAAACUGUUUUCUUUCCACCAUUAACUGCAGAGCAACUUGAUUUUGAUGUUGAAGAAGAUUUAACCUAUCAUUGUGGUAUUGCACAUACACGAUGGGCGACUCAUGGCGAACCAAGCGGUGUCAACAGUCAUCCUCAGAGGUCUGAUCCUCAAAAUGGUAAGAUAUCAUCUUAGUUCCCACCCUUAAGGUAAAAUUAAUAAUGUUAAUUGUAUCUAAGUAUAUGGACACCUUGGCAACAUUUAUCAUCAUCAUUUGACUUGAAGACAGUUGACUGUAAGAUGUCUGCUAUGGGCUUGGUCUUGGGCAGUGUGCAAAAUGUCUUUCUCCGUAAAAUGCUUAUUGGGGUCUAUCCACCCCUGGACUUGGCUGAAAAAGGACCUCUGUGGUCCCUCUAGGUUUUUUUUCCCCUUGGGAGGGCUCAUUCAAUAUCAGUGUAGAUGUCAGCGGGUUUAUCCUUUGAUCUCCAUUUGCAAGAUGUGGCCAAAGAACUUGAGCUGUCUUGAGAUGACCAUCAAUAGCAAAGGGCUAGUGCCAGUGAGAUUGUAGAUUCUGUCAUUUGAGACAGAACUGCAAAAUUAUGAAAAUAAGCUUUUCAAUUUAUAAGUCCUUCCAAAUAUGAAUUCCAGACUUAUUUUUAUGGCUUUACCCUUAAAUGUAUACCAUUCCCUGGUUGUUCAAGUGUCGGAUAGCUCUAUCCACUGGAUAAAUCACUGUCCAGCGGAUAAGUAUUAGGAAAGCCCAUUGCGUUAUCCAGUGGAUAGAGAUUUUUCCUGUGAAUAGCAUUAUCCACGUCUUGAACAACUGGGGCUAGCCCCUUUAUUGUAAACACUACUCUCCAUUUUGUAGAAUUUUUCAGUAUGAUUGUGUAUUUACAUGUUUGACUUUACACUUUUCAGUGCAUUUACGGUGUGAAAACUUUUUUGUAGAAUUUGUGGCUGUGCACAAUGGAAUUAUUACAAACUACAAAACCCUGAAACACUUUUUGGUAAGUAAAGAUAUGUAGUUACAAAAUUCAAGUGAUUACUAUUGCUUUCAUCUAAGCCUGACUGCAUUACAUCUGCAGAUAGCGACCUUUGUAUAAUGGCAGUUUAAGGGGAAUUGUGUCAGUGAAAAACAAACAUUUUUGUUUGCUGACGACUCUGUCCUACAGGUCCGAUCCAGGGGUGGGGUAGGGGGCGGGUACACUCCACUGGGGAGAUAGGUUGGCCUUGAGUCACACUUUUGUCACACAUGGAAGUUGAACAUUGAGAGGAUAGCAGAGCAGUGUUCCCCUUUUAAUGCCAACAUGGAGUGUUCUCUUUUCUUUGUCCUUAACUUUAAUACAAGGCUGUGCUCUAGCAGAGCCCCCUGGCCCCUGGUGCCUAUAACUUUUGCUCUUGGGUGACUAGAAAAUCUUCCUUCUUUCACAGAAUCAUAUGCUGGGCACCCUAGAUUUUACAGGUUCAGAGAACUGGGCCCCCUUCGAUGUUCCUUAGAGCAUAGCCUUGUAAUAUAGUAUAGGAACUGCAUCAUCAAUUAUUUGUGAUAACACAGAAACAGCAACCUUAAUUUGAUAUUUUAAUAGAUGUCCAAAGGAUUCAAGUUUGAGUCUGAAACAGAUACAGAAGUCAUUCCCAAGCUGGUCAAGUAUUUCUAUGACAAAUCAGUAAGUUAGUUUAGCAGUUCCCAUUUACUUUCUUUGUGACUAUCAACUGUGAUCUCUGGUAUGUUACAUGUAUAUUGGAUCAAGAUCUUGAACAGCCAAUCAUUAUCGUGGACAAAACGACAGCUAUAUAUAUUCACGCUAAUCCAUUUUGCAUUUGGCAUUGACGAUUCAAUCCUCAACCACCCAUGACUGCCUGGCACGCACAAAACACAGGUCACAGUACUGCUCUAUAUUUUAAGAUUAGUGUGACCAAUUAGUAUUUUGUUUAUUAUUAUUAAGUAUUUUUUCAUUAGUGUCGUCAAUUAACUGUCUUAUCUUUUGUACAGCUAAAUACAUUUGACACUUAAAUAUAAAAUAACUGAGAUACAGUAAGCAGUUUCCCUCUAAGCUAAAACUCUAUUGCGGAUUGUGAUUAGGGACAGGAGACACUUAAUGACAUUUGCUUAUUUACCGUAGCAUGUUGACCUCAAUUUACCCUUUGGCAGUCUGCAUUUUGUACCUGCUGAUGACCGCCUAUGAGGAACCAUUUUCCUUGUACUACUUGUGACAUCAUUAUUUUAAUGAUCACGGACAGCAAUGAUGCCUUAAUUGUCAAGGGCCAGGGCACUUAUAAUGUUCCUCUGAAAGUGAUAUAUUUUUUUUCUUCCAACAGAAGAAAGAGGGGAAAGAUUUAGAGUUCAGGGAACUUGUGGAAAUGACAAUACAACACUUAGUGAGUGAAUUAUAGCAUCCAUCAGUCCACAUUGAUACUCCUUGAUAGUUUCAUGAUUGUGCCUAAGUGCUUGCUUUCAGCCUGCAAGAUCAAUUAAAUAAUUAUUAAUUGUGAGCCAUAUUCUAAAUUAUUUAGCACAGGAAGGCAAAGCUUAAGUUGAGAUAAACUCUGAGAUGGAUCUGUCAAGCUACAUUUGUGUUAACACAUAGUAAACCCUAUGCCAAUUUGCUUAACAAAAACCUGAUUUUAAGUCUUCACUUUUAAGCCAGUCAAUCAAAUAUCUGUGCGGUUAGGGAUGAAGAUUUCAAUAAGACUAGUUCACAAAAUAAAGUGAUUUUAAUUUUUUUCUGUGUUAGGAAGGAGCAUUUGCUCUUGCUUUCAAAAGCACAAGGUUUCCUGGUGAAAUUGUGGCCACAAGGUUUGUAUACGCUGUAUUUCAUACAGAGAGCUUAACCUUAUCUACAUUUUAAAGCCAUUUACUUUGUUUCUUUCGACCAGAAAAAAUGUCUCAAUUUAUAAAAUAUACUUAAGAGUAGUGUCAACGUGGGGUCCCAUGGUUGUCAUGUUAGGGUUUUGCUUUUAGUUGGCCUUUAACAGACUGAUGACAGUUUAUAUAUUCCUAAAUUAUCAACGAACAUUGUACAUGGCGGAUAUAUGAGGUGCUCUUAGGCAGGGUACAUAUGUCCCCAAUCUGAAUGUCAAAUACAGUCAUUUCGAGCAGUAGAUCAUGCAUUUCCUUGUCAGUAUGUAACCCAUCUUGAUGUCAUUUGUCACUAUUUCAUAGUCUUACGUCAAUGCUUUAACCCAUGUCGCUUGCCUGAAAUUGUACCCUAAAUGGGCCCCAGAAAUGAUUUUUUAUUUUAUUUUUGUGCAUGUGUAAAGGCGAGGCAGUCCUCUACUCAUUGGAAUAAAGAGUGAAUGCCCACUCAAGACAGACCGAUUACCCAUUGUCUACAGCUCAGGUUGGUAGUUUCAUGUAGCGCCCAAAUAUGUUAUUUGCAGUCAGCAUUCAAUGCAGGCAUCAUUUGAGGCAUUUUUUAUCUCGACUAUUGGUUGAUUGCAUUGCCAAGCAACUGCCGGAGCAAAGUUUGUAGGUAGAAUGACAAUGUCGAGGUACCGGUGUAGAGAUAAUGAAGCUGUUUGGACAACAAGAAACUCUUUGGUUUGAUCGAGUUGUGUGUAAUAGGGAGGACACACUAAAUUACAUUAAUUUUAGAGCUUACGUACAGACUGUCUUAGUACAGCAAUUCCUAUCAAAUGACUUUGUUUUGACUUGGGAAUACAGUAUACUGUUUUGCCUUGGCAUAGACAGGAAUUCAUUUCUUACUAAUUUUUGCUUCAAAUAUUUUUCCAUAAUUUUCUAAAUGUAAUACUAAAAUUCUCUGCAGCUGAUGAACACAAUGAUGGUCCUAAGUCACCAGUUGAGCAUAAUGGCAUGAUGAAUGGCUGGUCAAGCUUGGCCACAAAUAAGGACAGUCCAAUUGAAUUUUAUUUUGCAUCAGAUGCGAGGUUUGUUUUAAAUUAAUGGCAUAUAAUCAGUUUCAUGCGUACAUUUACAGGCUGCAUUAGUUGAGGAAAUAUUAUAACGCUAAGUAUCGAACUGAAACUUGCAUGGCGCUAAUGAAUUUGACAUGGAUGAGUCUGCAUGGUUUUCUGCAGAUGAUGAUCAUCCUUCAUUUAAUUUUUCUCUCCAUAGUUCACAUACAUGAUUUUCAUGUAUUCAUAACUUCAAUGUCAAUUUUGUUGCACCUUUCAUCUGUUUUUCAAGCAAAAUCAUCCCAUACCAAGAUAUGUGUUGCAUAGUAAUGCUACUAGCAAGCUCAGUGCAACCACAAUAAGCAUGGAAAUGAGAAAAUAAAUAAAGCAAAGCAAAAACUCUGAACAUGCAGCAAACUUUUUGGCAGGUUUCUCUGCCAUCAUUGCAUGGCUAAUGUCAUUAAACGUGAUGUAAAUGGCAAUGCCGUCGUCACUUUUAUCACUAAGAUCUCCACAACUUUGAUUUCAUCGGAAAUACAGAGGCUCACAGAUUGUAAUAAAAUUGGUUAUUACCUGUGAUUUACAGUAUCGAAAUACAGCUGACAGUGUGAUAAGCAACACUGAGAGAGGUUCCUCCAUGAGGGGUUCAACUUAUAAAAGCAAAUGCAGCUUAUAGUUCUCAAAGUACCCAUCCCCUCAUAUAAUGGAAUGGAAAAUGCAAAGGGGGGCGGGUCAGGGAUUAAAAGACUUAUAAAGUUUUGGAAUUUCCUCCCUGGAGAGGGGUCAUAGAGCAAUCACUUGCGGGGAGGGGAGGGAGUGGAUAUGUUUUGUUAAACAAAUUAGUCAACUCGAUGUUAUGGCUAAUAUCCAAUAAAAUAUUAUUACACAGUGCCGUUAUUGAGCACACCAACAGAGUGAUAUACAUGGAAGAUGAUGAUGUAGCCGCUGUUGUUAAUGGAAGUAAGUGAUCUGUCUGUAACUUUGCACUUCGAUUGUGCACGCAUCAGCAGUCACGUUAAUCCUUUUCUACCAAGCAUUAAUUUUUUAUUUAUGCAUGUGUGAUUUCAUUGAAAUAUCUGUUGCAGUUAAUCCUUUAUAUCAAUUUCUUUUUGUUUUUCUUUUGUUUGUAAUUCAUAUGUAUACGUUAAUUACCAUACCCAAAAUCAAAGGGAAAUAACAAUUAACUGACUUAUGAAAUUAAAAACUGCCACAAAUCUUUCUGGGGAAUGAUGACUUUUUACUUUUGAUAGCUGAUUUAUAUCAAGGUUUCUCAGAUUUACGUGUGUAGCUUUAUCAUUUAUCUCAUUUUAAGAUCUACUUUGGUAAAUUUGUUAGAAAAUUAUUUUUGGGGUACAAUAAACUCCAUGUUGUUUUAAAUUUAUAGCUCUAACUUAAAAUGUCUAAGGUUCAUUGCCAGCACUAACUUUCAUACGCUGAAAUGUGAAUUUCCUAGUUAAAAUUUGACUUUCGAAUCACAGCUUAUUUUAAUGAGAAUUAUGUGUAUGGUUUUAAAAAUCAUAAGGCCAAUACCAAAAUGAAAACUCAACCAGUUUAUUUCUAUACGAUAACCAAGGCAAGUUGUGACGCUAUUUGAAUUAUAGUUCAGGCUGUUAGCCACAAUAAAAUUUAUUUCUGCAAGGAAUGGCAAAACAAAACAGAUAGUUCUAGAUUACAAUCCUGAGCAGAAUUAAUGAAUUACCAAGAAUGUACUUUAGAGCACAGGAAGUACUUAACUUGAACAAGUCCGAGUUCCUUAAGUGUUUAAGCAUGGGUACGUGAAUACUUUGAACUGUUGAAUUAAACUAUCUGCACUUCUUUUGUGAUGAAACAAAUGGUAGAAGGAAACUCUUAUGGUUCUGAUGCAAGGGAAACGUGGGGUAGUGUGACAUAAGGGAAAUCCUUCAUGUGAAUCCUUUGUGGUAGAUUUUAAGUGUUGAAUAUUUUAAAAAACAAGGAAAAAGUUGUCACCUAACAUAAGUGACCCAAAUACUGAUCACGGUCAUGUUUCUACAUUUUGUUUAGUUAAUAACUUAAAAUGAUUAGUUCAUAAUAAUUCACUCUAAUGGUUAGGAAGUUGUAUGAAAACUGAAUGUGAACUGCCAUAUGAGAGGGGCUUUGAAGACUUAUUCUCCCUAAAAUGACUUUACAGCUGUAGAAGGCAUUAGUAGAAUAUUUAAUCAUACUGUACAUGCAAAUUAUCAUACAGUGUUUGAUAUUGAUCAACUAUUUGAAAUUUUUGUGGUUAAUAAGGUUUGUCUAUCCAUCGUGUCAAGCGUGGAGAUGCAUCAGAUGAAGAUUACUUCAGAGAAGUGCAAACAGUGCAGAUGGAACUACAACAAAUCAUGAAAGGUAGAAAGAAAAACACAUUGUAUAAUAAUAUUAUAUAGCUGGGUUAACACUUGGGAUAUCCUGGUCAAGGGAAUGCCAAUGCGCCCUGUUGAAUACUCACAUGUAUCUGGGUAUCUAUGGCCAUUAACAGGGUCAUGACUGUGGGAGUCCUGUGCCUGAUAUUUUAAAAGGGGGAUUAAGGUAACCAAUUAAAGGAUACUAGUGUGAAAUUCCAGUGCAAAUCUGAAUGUUUGCAAAGCAAGUUCUUGUGCUUAUAAUAUUGGAAGGUUUACCCUCUAAAGUGAUGAGUCAAAAUGAACAGAAAUUAAACAAAAAAACAUUUUGAACAACAACAACAAAAAAACAGGGGUGAAAAUUUAACCCGGGGUUUGCAUUAAUCAGCCUUCAUAAAUUUUGGCCUUGGGUCUAGAAUAUGGGGUGUCCAUUUAAUCACAACUUUGUUAAAAUUUGUACUUGAGGUUAGUAAAAUUGAAAUUAUAAUGGCUAAUAUUUGUGAUCAUUGUAGGAAAUUUCAGCUCUUUUAUGCAGAAAGAGAUCUUUGAACAGCCAGAAAGUGUUGUGAAUACUAUGAGAGGCAGAGUACAAUUGGAAACAGGAAAUGGUGAGGAAUUUCUUUCCCAAUUGAGCAACUUCUAUAAUUUUCAGUUAGUUUCAGCAAUUAGCCUUUGAGUGAGAUAAAAAUAGCCAGAUAAAGUCAUAGACUAAGUUUGAAAACUGGAACUUUUUAAUAGCACCCUGAUGUACAUGUGAAUUUAUAUACAACCCAACAUUGAUGUUGUAAGAUAAUUUUUUCUUUAUUGGAAGUAACAAAAGAAUUAGUAAAAAAUAUUAUGUUUACAAUUGUCAGUUCGGCAAUAAUAAUAAUAAUAAUAAUAUAAUUACUUCCUAUAAAGAAAAAAUGUCCUACAAAUUAUUAUCAUUAUCAUUAUUAUUAUUAUUAUUAUUAUUAUUAUUAUUGUUAUUAUCAUCAUCAUGUAAUGGCAUCAUAUUAUGUAAGUGAAGUGAAUAGUGUUGGUGUUGGUGGUGGAGUGGAAGUCUACACACUUAACAAAUAAAGAAGCCUUGACUGUGCUCUGUUCUGUUGUAAAGCACGACAGAAAGCAGCUAGAGCAUGAAAGAAGUGUAGGGUGAAACAGGAGACUUGCAUAGUCGAAUGUUUCUCCCUACUUCUUGAGUGCUCUAGCUGCUUCCUCAGCUUGUUCUACACUCUUGUAAAACACACUUAGUUUGCCAAUCACAAUUAUCCUUUUUAGAAUGGCCAAAUGAUUUGAUUGGUUGAAUAAGGCAAAAGCUAUCAAAGCUGUCAAAACAUCAAAGCUAUCAAAUGAAACAAGCGAAACAUUCUGUGAAUAAGGUAAAAAGUAAAAUCAGCCAAAUUGUGGCCCCCUGGAAACCUGGACGUCAUUAACAUGACAUUUAGAAAACAAACUGCUUUAGCUUCGUAUCGUAAAGUGUCCAAAAACUGAACCUGAAUGUAAAACCAGAAACUUUCCUUGCCCACAAAAGAAAACUGAGCAUUCUUUUGAACUUCCUCUUUCCAUUUGUCUUUUUACAGUGUAUUUUUAACCCUGAAAUGCAAAACUUUGGUCUUGAAAACCACUGCGGCAUGGUGUGAUUCACAGAUGGCAUGACAGCUUUAGUUCCAUGUUUUAUACUCUCAGAAAGCAUGCUUUUUUUUCCAUUUUAACAUGAACUGGAUUUAUAGUAAUUUGGCACGUUCACAUUAAAUUUUUAAACGAGUCUUGUACUCAUCCGUGUAAUGUGGAUAAAUAAUAUACCUACCUACCUAACUCAACCAAUCAGAGUGUGCAUUAUAUAACUGAACUUUAUUAUAAAUAAGAAUGCGAUAUUCAGGGUUUGAGCUGGGCCAUGCCAUUGCGCCAAUCCCGCACUGCAAUUGGAAUUGUCCCUUUAAAAAACGGUCAAGGGGACAAUUUGUCCCCUUCAAAAUUUAGGGGAAAAACUCGAAAGGAAGGACACAUGAAGAGAUUUAUUUCAAUACAGAAAUUGCAAGCUGAAACAGAACGUGGAAAGUAUAUUUUAUCGCACCUAUAAAGUUCAUUCCAAAGUUACGUUUCAGUCAUGCUCUACUGCUAUUUUGGUUGGAAAUCAAAGACAGGGCUUCUGAUUCUUCACGCGGUCGCGGAGCCGCGAAGUUCACAAAAACACGAAAAAUACCGCGAAAUUCAGUAGAAAUCUUAUCAAAUACAUGUCUGUACAACAUAUUUGAAACUUAUUUCAGCUAUAGGGGCUAUUUACUUGCCGUAAACUUGCAAAUUUAUCUCGGAACUUCGUCACUGAAACGUGCAAACAGAUUAUGUUGCGAAAAACUGGGCACUAGCCAUGAUGUUAAAGGCUUUGCCAUUGGUUCAUUUCUGGAGCGUAUUGUUGUUGAAAGAGCAAAAUUAAUGAUGACCUCUGUUAGAAAAACGUUAAAAAGGCUGGUCUGAUCAGCGCAAAACCGAUCGAUUUCUAGCUUAAUUUGCCUUGAAAAUAACCACAAAAUCGGCCAUUUUUUACCGAUUGCUUUUCGGUGAAGUUUGCCCCAAAAACUCUCGCAAAAUCGGCCGAUUUUGCCGUGAAUUUGUCCCAAAAAUUCCGCGAAAUUUGACUUUUUCUUCUGAGACCUAUCAGAAGCCCUGCCAAGAAGACAAAUCCUUUGCAUCAGCAGAAGGGUGUACAAAUUUCUGUCCCCCUAAAAAUGAAAAUGUCCCCCAAAAUUUUAGCCAAGGGGACAAAUUGUCCCCCAGUGAUCAAAUCCUAGCUCAAACCCUGGAUGUUAUUCAGACCAUGCAAACUGUUCAUAGAGAGAAUCUAUGUAGAGUUUGUCCUUUUUUGUGCACAUACUGAUUUAAUUGUACCAGUUGAUUUUUCUUGCAUUUUACAAAUAAAAUGAAGAAUUUUAGUAUUUCACGGUUGGUGUGGGAAAGAUUCACUUUUGUUCUGAUUUCCAUGAUUCAAUCUGUAAUCUUUGCAGUUCGACUUGGCGGACUGAUGUCCCACAUUGACACCAUUCGCCGAUGUCGCAGAAUACUGAUGAUUGCUUGUGGAACAAGCUAUCACAGUGCAUUAGCUGUAAGUGGUAUUAUAUAAUUUUAACAUUUUGGUAAAACAUAGGUUUAUAGGAAUAUCUUUUAGCCUGCAAAAAUGCCAAAAUCCAAAAAUGCUUUGUCUAGUCAGUAUUAAGAAAUCAUUUGAUCUCAUUACAAAUAUGUCAUAAAAUUUAAUUUUUAAAAUUAAUAAUCAUAAAUCUUCAAAGUAUGUGUCUGCAGCUGUAGGGAUUUAUUAGUAUAAUUAUACUAGAAAUAGAAGAAGAAAAAAUGUUUAUUAUUUUAAAAAUAUGAUAUAGAAAUGAAUGUGAUGAUUUAUAAUCUAUUUCUUUGGGAAAUCACAAUAAACCCAGGGCUGUGAUCCAGCAGUGCCAUGUUGCCCAUGGAGAUGUUGUAGGUAAUUUUUUUAUUUCAGUUAAUUUUUGUUUUUCCUAUGUUUCAAUUCACUCACCCAAAAACAAAGGAAAAACAAAAAUUAAGUUAAAUAAAAAAAUUAACUGCAGCGACGUCCAUGUACUUUUACUUUGGGCAAUAAUAUUAGAAACCCCUUAGCCUUUCUGCUAAACAGUUAGACACCUGCAGCUUUUGGGCUUCUUAGAAUAUUAUUUUUCUUUAAUUAGAGCUCUGCCUUGUUAAAUUAAUUAAAAACAUUUUUAACUGUUUGAUGACAGACAAGACAGUUGCUGGAAGAGCUGACAGAAUUACCAGUGAUUGUGGAAUUAGCAAGUGAUUUUCUUGAUCGGUCAACACCAAUCUUCCGAGAUGAUGUGUGUUUUUUCAUCAGUCAGUCAGGUAUGUAUUUUAAUCCAUCCACACAGUCCUGUUUCCCAAUAUUUUCUUAUGGAGAUAUCGGGCAUAUUUUCUUUCACUGUCAAGACCAAGUUAUGCACAUCAUAAUUUGUAUUACUGUUUUGUUAUUGUCAUCAUCAUUAUCAAUAAAUAUUGUUGUAUUCCCUUUUUUGUAGGAGAGACUGCAGACACUCUGAAUGCAUUACGUUAUUGCAAGGACAGAGGAGCACUCAUUGUGGGGGUUACGAAUACUGGUACUUUAAUUUUGCAAUUAAAAAAACCGUCUCCAUUACAAGUGUUUUAUGAGCCAAGUAAGGCAUAUGGGGCAUGUGCUUGUCUAGAUCUCGAACGAAAUGCCCUGUUCACCUUGUUGGGCCAUGAAGCACCUGCACCUGCCCACAGGCAAGGCCAACAGGCCUGUAUUGUGUUAUUAGAAUUGCACAAAGUGCCCACCCUUUUUUUAUGCAGUGUAUUCUCAGAUUUAAUUUAUAAUAAAUUAUAUUCUGCUUCUGAAGGGCAUAACAUGUAUAAAAGGUGCUAUGUGACAAGGAUAUUGCUGUUUUAGGUCAAUUCAGUGCUGAAGUCAUUACAUACUUGCCUUCACCCGUACACAAAAUGCUAACUGUAGAGUUAUGCUAAAGAUAUCCUACAAAUGUCAUCAGGGAGUACAAACCAUAAUUAUUUCUUUGGUGAUUUUUGCAGGUGUUGCAUUAAAACUUGAAAACGUUUACUCAACUUUUUGAAGUUUUAAUUCAUUUCCAUCCUUGCCAUUGUUUGCCACUGAUGACAGGAAAUGGUUUCAGUGCCUAACCAAACUGUACCAUUAAUUUUGAAUUCAAUUGAUGCGAAAGAAGUUUUAGUUUUUUUGAAAAGAUAGCAAAUUAAUAGUGUGACAUAACCCUUUAAUUUCAUAUUAUUCAUUGAUUUCUAGUUGGAAGUUCAAUAUCAAGGGAGAGUAUGUGUGGAUGCCACAUCAACGCUGGACCUGAGAUUGGAGUUGCAAGUACUAAGGUAGAGUGAUGUAGUUGUUAAUUGCUACUUUCUGCAAGAAGCAGAAAACUUUUUUCUGACACACAUCUGGGAGUAUGGGUUCUAGUGUGCAGGGGUCUUUAGCUCACAUGGCGUUUCAGAGUUCGGUUGUUUUUGUUGCCAUCCACCAUUGCCUGACCUGCCCUGCCCUCCUGCUCUUUUACAAGUUUAAGUGGUGCCAUAGUUCUGUUUGUUCUUGUAUCUAGUCUCAAGGCACUUUCCAUUUGUCAGAACUGACCAGUCAGACUGUUCCCGUCGCGAUGAUAAUUUUACUUUAAAUCAAAACUUCCCACCAACAUCAGUCAAAUCCUAAAUUUUCAUCUAAACUUUCUGGAAAAAACCUAUUUCUUUGUCAAACUGACUGGUCGGGUAAUGGUCAGGCCGGUCAGUUCUUACAAAUGGAAAGCGCCCUCAGCUUCCUGUCAGCCGUUUAUUGGCUCUUUGUAUGCUGUAAUCCUAGUGAUUUGUGGUGUUAAUAUUAAAGGUCAGGCUGCAUGGUCAGCUUGGCAUAUGGCUCCCAGUUGUGUGUGAGAAGGUGGUCCUUUGUUAUCCUUUCUGUUACCAGCCUGGGGCAAGUUUCUCGAAAGUCUUGACGAUUAAUGGCCCCGGAAAGUAGUGUCGUUGUUUACAUUCAAGAUUGAAGUUUUAAUAGUUUUUUCUGUUAAUAGUAAUGAUGAAGUUAUCAGUUAAGAAAACAAAAUGGAGCGGGCUGUUAGUUAUCAAUAGGACCUGCUUUGAUUUGAAUAUUUUAUAAUGGGCCUGAAAAGUUACUGGGACCUUAUAGAGAAAUGGCUCCUGGUCCUUGAGUAAGAGAGCCAAUCAGGCCCCAGUUGUUCAAAAGGUGAAUAGUGCUAUUUGAUGGAUAAAUCUCAGUCCACUGAAUAAUGCAAUUGGUUUCCCAAAUACUUAUCCGCUGGAUAUCUGGUGGAUAGCGCUACAGUCAACUCCCUUUACAGCGGACACUGUAGGGACCUUGAGUCUAUAGUAUGCUCAUUAGAGAGAGUCUGUUAUAGCGGGAGUUUAUUUCAGUCAAACAACUGUAAUAUAUUUUUGCCUGGGAUUUAGCUGCUGUCUGUAUUAUCAGGGUGUCCGCAAGGGAAGAGUUGACUGUAUCCAGCUUUUGAACUACUUGGGUCAGAUGAACAAAUUAUUUCCAUGUGCAUGUUCAGGACACAUCACUUAAUGAUGCUUCACCCAAUUUUUUUAAUCAAUUGAUACAAAACCAGGUGGCUGGCAUGUCCAUACAGAGCCACCUUAAUUUGCUUUGCCACCUAUUUCCAAUAAGUAUCGCUGCUGGACAGGAGGUUUGACUUCCAACUUUUAAUUUUUUUCGUUUUGUUGAAUCUUAGGCUUACACCAGUCAGUUUUUGGCUCUUACUAUGUUUGCACUAAUGAUGUCAGAGGACAGAAUUUCAAUGCAGGAAAGAAGGAAUGAGAUUAUUAAAGAAAUGAAGCGUCUGCCAGGUAAGUAAUAAAUGUACAGUAGAACCCCAUUACUAACAAACAGGCCAUAAGAAUUUGACUUUAUUAUUGGGGUAGCUUGUAUUAUGAGUAAAGGUUAGAUAGAACAUCCUCAUGCUAAGUCAUUGAGUGAAUCUUGAAAAUGUGUGGAAUAAACUGUUGAAUAACUGAACAGAGUAAAAUAUCCUACAGAUUAUGACCAUUUUCCCUGUAUUUCAGAGGUCCUUUUGUUUUCUUCAUGAAUGUCUCAUGUUUCUCUGUCUCUCAAUCAGGUUCCAAGGGGUAUGAAAAAUUAUUGUUUUGGCUACAGAAUAUGUGGAACCUUGAUAAUUAUAAUGAACCUCUACAUUAUGAUGAAGUCCUCGGAACUACAUCUGUAUAAUGAAUGAUUUCCCUUACUCCAGAGCUGUAUGUAGGGUUUUGGACUUGAAAAAGGAGAAUAUUAGAUUAAAGUUGUUAAUUAAAUCUUGUAAUUUGUCAACAGAUCUCAUCAAGGAAGUGCUUACUCUCGAUGAACAGAUCCAGGCUUUGGCACAAGAGUUGUAUCAACAGAAAAGUCUACUGGUUAUGGGUAGAGGAUUUCAGUUUGCUACCUGUCUUGAAGGCGCUUUGGUAAUUAUUAUUAAUACAACUGUACAACUGUUCAGGGUUCUCAACAGGAUUUGAAGUAGGCCACUGUGACAAAUUGAGGGGCCGUAAACUAGGGAGGGAAAAGCAGUAAAUAGAAUGCAAAGUAAGUGGCGACAAAUUCCAAAGUAGGCUGUGAUCAAUCGCCGGGUGCCUGCUUCUAUUGAGAAUUAACCCUGACUGUUUACAAUAUAACAUUCUGUGACGACAAGUCUUCUAGCUGGGCACUGAUUGGGUAGACUAACCUAGAAAAUAUAGUAUAUUUUGCUUCUUGAAACUACAGGCUGAAACAUUGUGAACAUCACAUAAUACUAUAAUAAUGUUCAAAGUUUUCGCCACAGCUUCUACAGUGCAACUUUUCUAUAAAGUUAAGACUCUAACUUCUACAUAACAAACAAUCCUUGCCUGCUUUGUUGUCAACCAACACAGUAAAAGAGUAAGAUUUCGAAGCUCAGUGAGAAGUGUGAAUUAAUAAUAUUUAAAUAACCCAAACACAAUUAAUAUCAACUUCUGUUUGUUGCAGUUUAAGGAAUUGAGACUUGGAACUUAAUUGAUAAAAAUAAUUUUUUUCUUAAUUUUUUUUAUUGUGAAUUUUCAUCUGCACCUUUUGUCCAGCUAGUAACAAACUUUCCUACAAAUUAAUUUGUUUGUGUUCACAGAAAAUCAAGGAGUUAACUUACAUGCAUUCAGAAGGGAUCCUAGCAGGAGAAUUAAAACAUGGUCCUCUGGCGUUGGUCGAUAAAGCCAUGCCUGUGAUUAUGCUAGUGUCAAGAGAUGCUGUGUUCACGGUUUGUAUUGUUAAAAUAUUCAUACUCUUCCUUAUAGGAAAGAUUGUAUUUUUGUUUUGUAGUUUUCAUGUGGUUAUGUCAAUAAUUAUUGCAUUUUUUAAUUCUCUUUUAGAAAUGCAUGAAUGCCUUACAACAGGUCACUGCACGUCAGGUAAUAAUAUUAUUAUUUAUAUGACAUUAAAUUCAUAGACUCACUUUUUGAGAUGGGGUUUGACCGCUUGUCUUUGGCUCUUGACAGAACUUUUCCAUCCAACUUGAGUUAGCUUGCCUCCUCCUCCUUCCCCUCCUGAAAAGUAUCUCCCUUCUUAUCCUAAUCUUGUAUAGCCUAAUUAGUUGUAUUGGGUGCUAGCCUUCAGAGUUAAAUUCGCAGAUGGACUAACAUCAAGAUCUUUACCCUUUCACACCCAGGAGUGGCCAUUAGUCAAAAUUAUCUAAUCUUCAUGUUGUAUUUAAUGCUAAAAAACAGAUAAGACCAUGUGAAAGAACUGCGUAAGAGGUUUCAUUUGAAUGGUCAUAAUGCAGGAUUUUAUUCCUCUUUUUUUAUAACUCACUUUGUUUUUCUCCUUUUUUAGUUUUUGUAAAAAUAGUUUUCUGUCUUAAUGUAAGAUAAAUUUUAGUAAGUUAACCAAUAAUAAUUAUUGGUUAAUUUAUUAUUAUUUCGACUUAUAAAUUAUACAAGAAAUAUAAGUGCAUAAGGUGCUUAUUCAAAGAUUUAGGUGGUGAUAAAAUGGCUAAUAAAAUACUCAGCUAUGAGAUACCAUUAUUCUACUUUUAAAUGGUCAACAGGGCAGGCCCAUCAUUAUCUGCAACAAAGGAGAUGAGGAAGUCAAAUCACAUGCAUUCCGCACCCUUGAAGUUCCCAAUACUGUUGACUGCCUUCAGGGAAUACUCUCUGUUAUUCCCUUACAACUUCUUUCCUUCCACAUUGCUGUGCUCCGAGGAUAUGACGUAAGUGAAAAGAAAAAAUAG